ACAUCAGAGCGGGGGUAUUACUAGUGAGCAUUGGCUCACAGAUUUCUUGUUUUUUUUUCCUCUUCAGGAGAUGUAGACAAUUUCUGCAAGUCAAAUCCUACUGCUGUGAUGAAAAGCUUUGAUAAUUGUGCACAGUAUAUCAACUGCACAUCAAAAAACUCAAAAUUGGGAAAUUAUAGACAUGAAUGUGCAUAUCCAGAUUUAUUCUCUGAUGUUACGUUCAAUUGUGAAAAAUUCCAAAGUGUUGUGUGUAAGAACAGAACUGAACCACAAGCACCAUGUCAAUAUGAGCAGAACCUAUGUUCACUUGGAGAUAUGUCUUGUAAACCUUGUUCUGAGAGACUGCCAAGCUGUGUGGGAAGGAAUGAUGGAGCGCAGUCAUUCUUUGGCAGGGAAUGGACAAGUUCUUAUGUCAUCUGUCUUCAGAAUAGAACAAUUGAUAUUCAUCACUGUACACAGACUGCCAUAUUUAAUCCCCAAAUACAUCAAUGUGUCAACGGAAUUGAUCAGAGAAACAUUGAUUCUUUCUGCAAGGCCAAUCCUCAAGCUAUUAAACCUCAUCCUACAGACUGUGCCCAGUAUGUAAACUGUUCACAUUUUGGCACACAAUAUGGAAAGCAUAUACAGGAAUGUACCUAUCCAGAUUUAUUCUCUUCGACCUCAUUGACAUGUCAGCAGUUUGAGUCUGUUACGUGUGCUCCGAAAAAUGAACCACAGGCUCCUUGUGACUAUCUACAGAAUGCAUGUGCAGUUGGAGACGCUAAUUGUCAGCCUUGUCCUAAACGGCUGCCCAGUUGUAUUGGUUUGCCAAAUGGACCCAAUCCACAUCCAUAUCAUUUGUGGGGCUUCAGUUUUAUCACUUGCUUCAAGAAUCGUACGCUGUAUGUUGACAGAUGCGCAGAUGGGAAAUUCUUCCACCCUAGAGAAAAGUCUUGUCAACAAGCUGUCAAAACGGUUGAUGUUCCCGACUACUGCUUUGUCCAUCCUGGUGCAGUGCUGCCUGAUUUGGACAACUGUGCUUAUUUCUUCAACUGUUCAUAUCCAGAAUCACACAAAGAGUGCAAAUAUCCAGAUCUUUUUUCAAGAAAAUCCUUAUCCUGUCAAGAUUUUACAACUGUUAACUGUGAAGAAAGGAUUGAACCUCAGGAACCUUGUGAAUAUAAACAAAACUUGUGUCCAGUUUCCUCACCAAGUUGUGAAUUUUGUCCACUGAGACUACCCUCCUGUGUUGGUAAAUCUGAUGGAAACCAAAGUUUUAUUGGCCAUCUGUGGGAACCUUUGUACAUCACUUGUUAUAAAAACAGGACAAUCAAGAUUGCAAAAUGUCCACAUGGAUAUUUCCAUCCAUUUAACAAUGUUUGUCAAUCAAAAAUUGGACACGAUGGCGCUCCGAGCUAUUGUAAAACACAUCCAUUUGCUGUUGUGGCCAAGGAAGACAAUUGUGCCCAAUAUUAUAACUGUUCACUUCCUGCCAAACGAUUUGCAAGCAAUCAAAUUCAAGAGUGUACUUACCCUAAUUUGUUUUCAAGAACAACUUUGAAAUGUGAAACAUUUACCUCAGUGUCCUGUGAUAGCAGACUGGAACCGCAGGCCCCUUGUGAAUAUAAUCAAAAUAAGUGUGGUCCACUAGAUCCCUCCUGUCAACCCUGUUCUGAGAGACUGCCUAGUUGUGUUGGAAUUACUGAUGGUUUUCAGCCUGUGUCUGGAUACAUAUGGACAGACAGAUACAUGGAGUGUCAAAUGAAUCGGACCAUAAGUAUUUAUCAUUGUUCUCCAGGAUGGGUCUUCAAUCCAUUUACUGGUGCCUGUGUACAAUAUGUUAUGCAGAGUUACGUGUUGGACUAUUGUCAGCACCAUCCAACAGACAUAAUGCCUGACCCCAUCAACUGUGCUAUGUAUGUGAACUGUUCCACAGGCAGGACAAGGUUUGGAGAUUACAAACUUGAAUGUUCCUAUCCUCAACUAUUUGAUGUGUCUUCUGGAAAAUGUAAGAAUUUUGAUACAGUUAACUGUCAAGGAAGAAGGAUUCCUGUUGAACCAUGUGACUAUGAGCAGAACAUAUGUCUCGUGGGAGAUAACUCCUGUAAACCUUGUCCAGAGAGAUUCCCAAGCUGCAGUGGAUUGAUAGAUGGUUUCAAUCCUGAUCCCAGAUCUCUAUGGACAGGACACUAUAUUAGGUGUUUUCACAACAGAACAGUGGCUGUGGAGACUUGUCCAAACGGAUAUUUUAAUGUCAGAACAAGACAAUGUUCAGAGUUUGUCAACCCAGUUGAUGUGAAAGACUACUGUAAAUAUCACAAAGAUGAUAUUUUGCCAAACCCUGACAACUGUGCUAUGUAUUUCCACUGUAAGAGAUGGGCCAAUCCAUUACAGGAAUGCCAAUAUCCCUCCUUGUUUUCACAAAUUACCAACAAGUGUGAACCAUUUCCUGCAGUGUUCUGUGGCUCUCGUCCAGAGCCUGUAGCACCAU